CGGUAACUGGCUGCAUCCCCGCGGCCCGGCACAAUAGAGGCUCCGCCCUCCCUCCGCGCCAGCGCUCCGCGGCGCCCUGGCCCAGCAGCCCUCGCCCCCGCCGCCGCUGCCGGCCCCGCACUCCCACAGGGCCCGGGUGCGCCCCCAGGCUUCCCGCCGCCCGCCCCGGCGCGCCCCGCCCCGCCCGCAUCCGCCCGGACCCUUUCCUUCCACCUGAGCCCUCUGCGGAGGACGACGCGCUCGCCUUGCCACCUCCACCUUCCUUGUCACCUCCUCCUGCGCUGCGCCCCACUGUCUGCCGGCCGAUCGCGUCGGGAAGGAGAUGACCAGGGUCUCUGGGGCGCACAUUCCUGCCCUGCCCGGCCGCGGCCAGCUCUAGAGCAGUCCCUCUGGGGCUCCAGCCGAGACACCCUCUCGCCUCACUCCUUGCUGAGAUACCCGGCCCCCCACCCUCCGCACCGGCCCCCAGCCGCUCUUCCAAGGGGCCGAGCUCCCUCCGGUCGCCUUCCUCAUGGCCAAGCCUUUGCUGCUAGUUCUCGGCUUCGCUCUGGUUACGACUCUGGGCUGGGGGUACAGCUCUCCCCCCACCGGGACGACCGAGCCCCCAGACGCGCAGACGGUGGCGCCCACAGAGGACGAGACUCUGCAGAACGAAGCAGACAACCAGGAGAACGUCUUAUCCCAGUUGCUGGGAGACUAUGACAAAGUCAAGGCCGUGUCUGAAGGCUCGGACUGCCAGUGCAAGUGUGUAGUGCGACCCCUGGGCCGAGAUGCCUGCCAGCGGGUCAACGCGGGGACCUCCAGGAAGGAAGACUUCUACACAGUGGAAACCAUCACCUCGGGCUCAUCCUGCAAGUGUGCCUGUGUUGCACCUCCCUCCGCCCUCAAUCCCUGUGAGGGAGACUUCAGGCUCCAGAAGCUUCGGGAGGCAGACAGCCGGGACUUGAAGCUCUCCACCAUUAUAGACAUGCUGGAAGGAGCUUUCUACGGCUUGGAUCUCCUGAAGCUGCAUUCAGUUACCUCCAAACUGGUGGGGCGAGUGGACAAACUGGAGGAGGAAAUAGCUAAAAACCUCACCAAGGAAAACGAGCAGAUCAGAGAGGACGUGGAAGAAAUUCGAACUGAGAUGAACAAGCGAGGCAAAGAGAACUGCUCCAAUAACAUCCUGGACAGCAUUCCGGACAUCCGCUCGGCCCUACAGAGGGACGCGGCUGCAGCCUACACCCACCCCGAGGAGCAGUAUGAAGAGAGGUUUCUGCAGGAAGAAACCGUGUCCCAACAGAUCAAAUCCAUCAAGCUCCUGCAGACGCGGCCACUGGCUCCACCAGAGGUGGUGAAGCCACAGCGACCCCUGCAGAGACAGGUCCACCUGCGGGGCCGGCCAGCCUCCAGGCCCACCGUAAUCCGGGGCAUCACCUACUACAAAGCCAAGGACCCCGAGGAGGAGAAUGACAUCGAAGAGCAUCACGAAUUUUUCAGUGGUGAACACGGAAUGGAUUUGCUGAUUGAAGAUCAGCUUCUGAGACACAACCAGCUGCUGACCAGCGCCACCCGGAGGCCAGCAGCCACCGGUCACAGAGCCGCUGUGACAACUGAUGCUGGUACCACCAGCGCGGGCGCUCCGACCACAGCCCUGCCUUCCGCACGGCCGCCGGCCUCCACCUCAGCCCCCAGCGCCCCUGACCCUACAGUCUCUGCCUCGGUCGAACAGUUCUCAACACCGCUCCAGACGACCUCCGUGUCUCCAGAUCCCACGGGGGAGGCAGUCCCUACACCUCUCACUCAGGUACCAGCUACCACCGUGGCCCAGACAGCCACCCAGCAACCGCCAGCCUCAGCUCCUCCGUCAGUGGCUCCUGGGGAUGCAUUUGUGGAGGCGACACACACAGCCCCAGUGCCUCCCCCUCCAGUCAGGACAGACUCACCAGGGGGAGAUUCUGCUGCCGGGCAGGGCACAGUGCCCGCUGGCCCCACCCUGAGCCCCGAGGAAGAAGAUGACAUACGCAAUGUCAUAGGAAGGUGCAAGGACACCCUCUCCACCAUCACAGGGCCGACUACACAAAACACAUAUGGGCGGAAUGAGGGGGCCUGGAUGAAGGACCCCCUGGCCAAAGAUGAGCGGAUUUACGUAACCAAUUAUUACUAUGGCAACACCCUGGUAGAGUUCCGGAACCUGGAGAACUUCAAACAAGGUCGCUGGAGCAACUCCUACAAGCUCCCCUACAGCUGGAUUGGCACAGGCCACGUGGUGUACAAUGGCGCCUUCUACUACAACCGGGCCUUCACCCGCAACAUCAUCAAGUAUGACCUGAAGCAGCGCUACGUGGCUGCCUGGGCCAUGCUCCACGACGUAGCCUAUGAGGAGGCCACGCCCUGGCGGUGGCAGGGCCACUCGGACGUGGACUUUGCUGUGGACGAGAAUGGGCUGUGGCUCAUCUACCCGGCCCUGGACGACGAGGGCUUCAGCCAGGAGGUCAUCGUCCUGAGCAAGCUCAACGCCAUGGACCUGAGCACGCAGAAGGAGACCACGUGGCGCACGGGGCUCCGGAGGAAUUUCUACGGCAACUGCUUUGUCAUCUGCGGGGUGCUGUAUGCUGUGGACAGCUACAACCAGCGCAAUGCCAACAUCUCCUACGCCUUCGACACCCACACCAACACCCAGAUCGUCCCCAGGUUGCUGUUUGAGAAUGAGUACUCCUACACCACUCAGAUAGACUACAACCCCAAGGACCGCCUGCUCUAUGCCUGGGACAAUGGCCACCAGGUCACCUACCACGUCAUCUUCGCCUACUGACACCCCUGUCCCUACAAGCAGAAGUUCAGAGGGGCUGCUGGCACCUUGUGUGUGUGUGUGUGUGUGUGUGCGCGCGUGUGUGUGCGCGCGUGUGUGUGCAUGUGUUGUUUAAAAAAUAUAUAUUAUUUUGUAUAAUAUUGCAAAUGUAAAAUGACAAUUUGGGUCUAUUUUUUCUAUGUGGAUUGUAGAUCAAUCCAUUCAUGUAUGUGCUGGUCUCACCCUCCAUGGUUUAUAUUUUUGUGCAAAUCAACUUCUCCUUUCGACCAGUAACCACCUUCCUUCAAACCCUCGACCCCUCCAGCUUCCUGAUCUCCAUCUGAGAAGGUUUCGUCAUCACGGUCUUGCAGGCAGAUGGCACCAGCAGCAGGAGUGAAAGGAGGCAAGAAAGAAGUGCUAAGGGGCGGGAAAAUUGUUUUAUGUAUUGGAGAAGUUUUUGGAAAAAAAAAAAACACAGAAAAAAUUGCUUUUUUUUUUUAAUAAAGAAGAAAUUAAAAAUCA